AGGGUGAAGUCUGAACGUAAAGGCGCCGUUCCUUCAUGCCAUUAAUAAGGGAUAUAAAUAGUUUUGAAAAACUGUAAACAUUCAUUACGGAUGGCUGCUGAAACUACGCGAAGAGGACCCAAAUCUACUGGAUUAGUUAUAAGGCCUCAAGCCGUCAGUGACAAGUCUUAUGUGGAAAGCGUUGUUGGUUUCAUUCAUGAUGUGGUGCCACAGGCUAAACAGGGUGAAAAAGAAACAAUUUUAUGGGUCAAAUUUGAAUAUUGUGACAUAAAUGAUUACAGUCUUAUUCGAGAAGAAAGGGAGCAUAAUGCAAAUCAUCCUCCUCUCUUGAUUGUGCUUGGCUAUAGCAAUGGAGUACAGAUUUGGUGUGUUCCUGCUGGUGGUGAAGCUCAGGAAGUCCUUUCUUGGAGACAAGGCCCUGUUAAACAUCUCAAAAUUUUGCCAUCUCCUGAAAUGAUAUCAUCUGUUAAAGACCGUUUUUCAGCGAAUCGUCCCUUAGUUGCAAUAUGUGAUAGCACUAGUGCUGGCGAACAAUUCUGUUCUGUAAAUUUCAUAUCACUAAAGACUGGAGAUAGAGUUGAAUGCUUAAAAUUUUCAAAUCAAGUUGCUGAUAUAAAAUGUGAAAAAAGGAUGUUAGCUGUAAUUUUUCAGUCAAGGAUAAUUGUAUAUGAAGCUUGUAGUUUCAAAGAAAUGUUAGUGGUGACCAGUUGUUACACAAGUCCAAGUAUUACAGUUAAUCCAGUGGCCCUGGGAACUAGAUGGCUUGCAUUUGCUAAUAAAAAACUUAUCUCAGUACAUCAGAGUGGUGGUGGGAUGGCUGGAGAUGGUGUACAUUCUUAUGCUGCAACCAUUAUACAUGCUGCAAAGACUAUAACAAAAGGCUUAACAAUAUUUGGAGAAACAGUUGCAAAUAGUCUAAGUGGGCAGAAACCAAUGCCUAAACCUUCAUCUCUUAAAAGUGAUUCUAAAGCUUCUGAUGAUAGUCAGCCAGGAAUAAUUACUAUUUUGGAUGUUCUUGCUGUUCAUGGUGAAGUUAAUAUUGAUGAAGAUAGUGAUGGAGAAGGUAUAAUAGCACAUUUCCCCGCCCAUGCCAAUGAGCCUGUAGCAGCUGUGGAAUUUGAUCCUAGUGGAAUGCUACUGUUUACGUCUUGCCGAUUAGGACACAGUUUCCACAUCUUUCGUAUAUUUCCACAUCCUGCCAGUUCUGCUAUGGGUGCUGUUCAUCACUUAUAUACUUUGCACCGUGGAGAAACAACAUCAAAGGUUCAGGAUGUUGCAUUUUCAUUGGAUAGUCGCUGGAUUUCAGUGAGCACAAUGAGAGGCACCACUCACAUCUUUCCUAUAACUCCAUAUGGAGGACCUGUAAGUGUAAGAACCCAUACUUCUCCAAGAGUGGUGAACCGACUUAGCAGAUUUCACAGGAGUGCUGGUUUGGAAGAAAUACAACAAACUACUACUACUGGAAGAAAUAGUCCUGUGCUUUCUGGAAGUCCAAGUUCAUCCACCAGCAGUCUGAGUCGAGCAUAUGACAGUCAUCCUGGUAUGGCUUAUCAUACCAGUUCACUUAGUCGAAUGGGAAACUCUCGGCUGCCUCCAUAUCCACAUCCUACUACAAUUCAGCCUUUAGCUCAACUGAAGCAAGCAAUUACAUUUCCAUUGACAAGUGCAGCAAAACCCAAAAGUCCUUCUGGUAAAGACAGAGUGUAUAAAAGAAAUUCUUCAGCUUCUGAAAUUGUGUGCGUUUCAUCUGCAUUUGCUCCUGCACGUGCAUGGUUGGUUGGCAGUCCUAGUCUGACUAGAGAUAAAAGAGAUAAACCUCCUAUGGAUUCAUUGUUUAUCAUUGACUGGCAUGGGAAUUUGACUGAAUACAUUCUGGAGCCAAGAGCUGCUGCAGGAAGCCAGAAAACUGAUGAUUCUCCAAUAGAGUUAGAUGUUACAGCACAUGCCCAAUGGAAUCUCCUUAGGCCAGCUUCUUCACCAGAGAUCCAGCCACCUUUACCUUUUACAAAUCCAUUGAUGUUUACUGCUGAUACUGCUUUUGCUUCAGAAACUACCAGAGGUAGAAAAUCGUCAGCUGAGACUGGAUUUUCAACAAAUGAUGAAAAAGCAAUAGAUUUGGAAGAAAGCUGGUUAUCUGAAGUGGAAAUAAUUACACAUGCUGGUCCACAUAGACGAUUGUGGAUGGGUCCACAGUUUUCCUUUCAGACUUUCCAGCAUUCGUCUAACACUACUGUUCUUUCAUCCAGCUCAUCAGCUUUACUUUCCCAAAGCCCUGAAGCUUAUGGGACAUCACCUGCUGACAUUUUUACCGAGGAACUAGAAGUACAAAGUUUAAGACCUGCUCGUUCCAAUCCUGUUGCCAUGCCUGGAAGUCAUCAGGCUUCAUCCGGAUCACCAGGAUCUCUUUUAUUCAUUGAAGCUAGCUCUGGGAGCUUUGAGCAGUUGCCUAGUAUGCUUGAAGUUUGUGGAAGCUGGCCAGAGAGUUGUCCCUCUAUGAAUCUGAAUAAAGGCAAAGAGGAACAACUAAAAGAAAGUUUAGCUGAUGCAAUGAUCGAAUAUCCAUUUGAUGCAUUGCGUGGCGAAGGUUGUGAUGCUCGAGAUUUUCAAGGAAGCUGUGAAGAACUGAGCUCAAGCAGUUCCCACUCAGGAUCUGUAGGCCAUGUCUUUGAUGUUGGGACAUCACCUCAAAGUUGUACAGAGCAUACUUUGGUAUUUCCUGCUAGUAGGGGCUCUCCAGACUCUUCUUAACAUUUCAUAUUUCCAAAUAACUGAAAAAUUCAUUGUCUGCCACCAUUGCUUCAUCAGGAACAGCUUAUUCAGUGCUAAACAACGAGGUAUCGCACCCUGCAUUCUGGGACUUCCAUUAAAAAUUUUAUAUUACAAAGUAUGAAGUCCUUGAUUACAAUUUCUUGCUCAAAAACACUUUUUUUAAAAUAUUUCCAUUGUAAAUUGACCUUCUGUAAUAGUUUUUUGCUCUUGCUUGUAAAGUGAUGAAGGAACUAUGAGGAAAUCUAUUUUUAAUUUAUAUUCUUCUAACAUAUUUAUACUUCCCAAUAUUUGUAAAUAUUGUGUAUGUGUGAUUGUGAUCUUUGUCAAUGUAAGAUAUGCUGACUGUAUGAAACUGGUAUUUUAACUUGCGUUAAAAUCAUUACAUUUGUUAAAAGAGUAUUUGAAAUUUUAACGUAUAAUUAUAAUUUUCUUAUUAAUUUUAAUUGCUUUAAAAGAAUGUCUAUUUUGUGUUACAGAAUAAUUUGAUUUGUUUUGGGAAGGGCUUAUUUAUCACCUAUAUUAUAUAACGGAUUUAUUUUCUGAAAAAAAUAUAAGGAUCUGUUUUUUCUUAUCAUCUAUAGAAAUAAUAACUUAUCAAAUCUGUAAUUACAUUAAAAUUUUAUGUAUUACUUUCAAGGUGGGAUAUGCGAUAUAAAUGUUAAUAAUACCAGUUAAAUGUAAAACUAAUUAUGAUUUUUUAGUAUUGCUAUUAUCUAUAUAUAUAUAUAUCAAAAAUUUUAUCUGUAAUUACAUUUACAAUUUUUUAAUAUGGAUUUUAAUUUUAAAUGAGUUUUAGAAAUCUAUAAUAGAUUAUCUUUAUUAGUGUAAACUGAAUUGAAAUUGUACUGAUCCUUGGAACAAAGUCUGUUGCCAGUAUUAAGAAAUGAUUAUUAAUGUCAUACUGCAGUAUGUUCACACAUUGCAUAUUUUUCUACACAAAAGAAUAUCUAAGUACUAAUGUGAUAAGUAUGAGCACAAGGACCUAAUUAAAUUGACUGUAAUAAAAUUUUAUAAAAAAAGUCAUGUUUAUAUUUUCACAGCAGUGUUUUUAUCCUAUUCUCAAACUGUACACAUUUAAGUAGUAGGCUGUGAUAUGAAAUAUAAUGUAUAGCUAUAAAAUUCCAUAAAUAUUCUUCCAUAUGAUGGUCUGGUAAUAUCUCAUUCGAAAUGAAAUUUAGGUUUUUGAAUAAAGAAAUGAAAUUAAAUAUGUUGUUUUACCUUUUUAUUAUUUUUUAAGUGAUAAAAUUUAUGAAGACCUGUUAUGAUUAUUUAAAGUUGUUUGGGGAAUAUCUAAUCAGUGUAAAGUGUAUCAUUGAAUUAAAUGUUUUCUGUAAAGUAUUAUCUGUAAAUUCAUACAUAGUUUUAUUAUUAUAUUAAAAAAACUUGAGAAAAUGAAUGUGAGGAUUAAAAUUUAUAACAUUUUUGUUAUAAAGGAAUUUGCAUAUUCAUAUCAGAUUAGUACAUAGGUUUGUUUAUGUAUUAAAAACUAAUAAUAAUAUAAUAUUUACAAAAAAUAUUGUUCUUCUUAGUAUGCCACUGUUUAUGUUACAGAUUGAAUUAAAAACAGCAGUUUAAUACUUUUCUCUUGGUUUGUUCUUGCAAUUUUAGUGUACUGCACAUGUAAUUCAAAUUUUUUUUUAUUAUUCAAUUUAAGAAGACUAUCAUGUUGUAUAUAUUAAUUGAAAUGAUAAUUGAAAGGUAAUUGCCUUAUUUUCAUUUGUAUAAGCAGCACCUUAUUUGUUUAUCUCGAAUUAAAAAAAAUUCCCAAAUAUAAGAUGCAGAUAGCCUGUCUACCAUCUACACUUUUUUUGUUUUGUUUUGUUUUGUUCUGGAAGUUUUAAAGCAACUAACAUAAAAACAGUACACCACACACUGAUACAAAAUUUUUAAAGUACUGGUCAAAAGGAACUUGUUUCUGUGUUUAGCACCUUUCAUUCACUGUUAUUUGAUACUAGAAGUAGUUGCUUGACUACCAGUAUCACUUUCACUGAUACCGGUAUCCUAAAGCAUAUUACCAACCCCUGCAACCACAACUAAACUUGUACCAUCUUAUAUAACAUUCACCCAAUAGCAGUGGGUUUUAUACUCAGUCAUUAAACACACAUUGCUAUUUUGCACACACUGCUGUGUUGCUACAUUAAUAUGUACCUAUUUCCAAUCAUUCAUUUCUGUAAGCCGCCCCCCCCCCUUAUUUUCAUCUGCCUUUUUUUAUGUGGAAAAGUGCAGCUUGUACAUGAGAGAAUAUAGUAGUAGUUGUGCACAGACAUUUUAAUUUCACAAAAUAAUUUAAUAAAUAGCUGUUAUUUUCAAAAGAAUGAGUCACAAUAUAGGGGUUUGUAUUUAUUGUAUUUUGACUUUUAGAAGUGUGAUAAUAGUUUUAUAAUGUGUAUGUUGAUAUUUUCUAAACUAGCAGGAAAUGUCAUUGAAAAACUGAAUGGCAGGAAUUUAGUUUAACAACGUAAUAAUUUAUAACUGAGAUACAAUUAUUUUGAUGCAAGAUGCUAUUGUAUAUGUUAGAUUAUUCUAAUUAUUAUAGUUUCACAUCUUAUGUAUUAAUAAUUUACACAGUUACUCUUAGUAAAUGACAUUUAGAUGUUAAUAGUAAUUUUUAUGUAUUAAUUAUUAUUAAUAAUAUACAGGAAUUUGAUUUCAGAAGGAGUUCCUCUUCUUUAGAGAUCAAUGCCAAACAAAGGUUAAUUUUGUCAGUUAUUAAUUUAAUUAGAAGGCAGCUCUUUCAUCUGUUAAUUCAGUUAGGUGGUUAAAUAUCAUUCCUACAAAUUAUAAAUUUUCUGAAUAAUCUGCUACUUUAUAAUAUAAAUUUAAGUACAGAUUUCUAUUUUGUUUAUCUUCAUUAUGAUUACAGUGACUUAGUAUGAAUUAAUAGUUACAGUAAUUUGUGAAAAAUUCGAAAAUGAAAAAAAUAUUUUUUAUGUGUAUGUUUUGUUUGAUUGAAAGAUGAAAAAUAGUAACCGUUCUAGGGAUAAGCAGAUUCCUAUAUAUAUAGUCCCAAAAUCAAAUGAAUGGUAACAUGUGAUAACAUUAUAAUACUACACAAGUUGGCAUCAAGUCAGUUUUUGCAUGAUUAAUGUGCAUGUAUAUUAGACUUGUAGACAUUCUACCUGUCCUUCAUAGAUUAGUUUUUUUUUUUCCUGUUGCUAAAAAUAAUCCGUGGUAUGUUUAUUGCAACAGUAUAUUUUUAUUAUCAUAAUCAUUAUGGUAUGGUAAAGUAGCCAAACUACUUCAAGGAUCAAAGAAUGUUUUAAAAUGUCUUGUAAACAAGUGCAAUCAUAUCUCGUAUGGAAAUUUUAAGGUACUGUAUUCUGUUUUCAAAGUUUCAAUAUAUUGCUGAAAUCUGCAUGAAAAUUGUGACUGCAUGACAAAAGUGAAAUGUUUAUUUCAGUUUUAGAUUUCUGCAUUAACUGCUAAAUCUUUUGAUGUUAUCAAACGGUAAAGAGCCAUUUUUUAUAUUAGGUAAAAAAUUUACCAAUUUAAAGAAUAUUCUAACAAAUAUUCAUAUAAAAUUCAUAUAAAUUAGUUUAUAAUAUGUAUAAACAUAGAAAACACAUCUUGCCUACAUCAGAUACUUCAUUUGAUCCAUGAAAUACAGUGGCAGAUUUAUUUUAUUUGACUCUAUUGACAGUAGUAAAUUUCAUGUGAAAUCUUGUACAUUAUUUAUUGUUGUUUCGCAGUUAUUGAUAUGGCAUGUAUAUAGUAGAGCUUUGAAACUUCUAUGAAUUACUAAAAACUCUAAAUACUUAUAGAUUUGAUUCCAUUGAAUAUCAUUCAAAGUAAUAAUUCCAUGGAAUAUUGUUCAAAGUGAUUUGGAUUUUAUAAUUAUCUACUGUAUUUUAAUAUUUUGGGAAUAUACCUUUCCAGUUUAUUGCUUAUAUGCUUCAUGUUGUUAUUAUAUAAAUUUUAUGAAAUUUUCUUGUACUUUUUACUUAUUGCUAUUUAAUGGUAUCUGCAGACAGAAAUUUCACUUGAUCUUGCUAAUUGCUGUAUUUCAAGCUUCAAAAUUUUUCUUAUUUUCAAAUUUUUUUGUUUAUCUUUUUGUGUAUGUGUGAUAGGGACAUGUUUGAUUGUAUUUUAUAUUCAAUUGACUAAGAUACACUGAUUCAUACUUGAAGAUCAGCAGUUGAUUGGUUUUCUAUGAAACGAAUUGGGAAACAGUUUUAGGUUUAUGAAAUUGGUAUGAUUAGAUUAAUAGAAUUUUUCCUUUCAUUGCUUGAAUCUAUUUUGACAGGGCUCAAAUUGUAAACAUUUUUGAUUAAAAGCAGUUAUUUCUUUAUGUAUGCAAUGUGUUAAAAAUCUUGUUGCCAUGUGCUGUAAGUUUAAGAAAGUAAAAAAAAAGAACAUCUAGUUUUAUUAAAGUUCUUUGCAUAUAAUAAGCAGUGGAAUGCAGCAUUUGCAUCUGUUUUUUCAUUGGCUGUUUUUUGACAAUUCAUAAAAUGUCAUUUGUGGGAGGCGAAAUUAAGCUAAAUUUUUAACAUAUCACUAAUAUGUUGUCACACUUAAUAAUCAGUACCAUUUUCAAAGUAACUAAUUUUAUUCACAGUUUUUAACAAUAGUGUUGUCUUUUUAUCAUACCUGUCAAUUGCCACAAUAAAUCUUUAAGCUUCUUUUCCUAAUGACUAAGACUGAAAAAUAGUCUUCAACCUUUCCCCCCCCCUUCAGGAAUAAAAUGCUUUUAGCCAUUUUGAAUUUAAAUGUUACUUACAUAAAAUGACAGCAUUUAUUAAUAUAUAUAAAUCAUAUAGCAUAUCUUUGAUUGAUAAGUGGUUAAACUACAUUUGAUAAAUUAUUUGAGAAUUAUUUCAUUCUAUUUUGGUAUCCAUAAGGUUUGCUUAUGUUUAUUAUGUAAUGUUGGCUCAUUUUUAUUCUGUUGCAUGCAGUAUGUUAGAUUUUAAGAAUUAUUGCAUGAAUAUUUUUUAAAAGAUUUCCUUGGAAGAAUUGAGUUCAUAUAAAAUAAGCAGAAAAUUACUUUUAACUGGUAUUUUUAUUUACUGUAUUCUGUAUCUGUAUGCAUGUGGUGCAUAGCUAAGCUUAAAUUCCCAUUGGCUUUUGUUGUGCCAUUUUUUCUCCUUUUUUCCGUGGUGUUUUGAUUUAAAGUAAAAUAGUAUGAUACACAUAAGGUUAUCUAAAUGUUUUUGACCUUAAUUGUACAUUAAACUGAUCUAGAAACAUAAAACAUUAACUUAUUGUAUGAAACAUUAAACUUAUUGUUUAAAGAAGUUAGUUUCUUUUAUGUUUUGAAUUAAUACUUUGCUUAUGAUUGGUUAAAUAUACUGUGGAAGUAUUAAGGAUAUUGGAAUAUGUAGAGGGGGAGGAAUUUUCUUCCGUUAAAUACAGUUUAAUGUGAAACAGAGGGUUGAUUCAUGUUUGUUACAAGAUCUUGGAUUUCUGCUAUGGCAUGUAACUUACAUAGUCAGUUAGUUUGACAUAGUAAUAAUAAUAAUAUGUAUUAUUACAUAUUUGUGAUAAAUAUUAAAAAAUACUGCUGUUUUACAUGUUUGUUUAAAAAAUUUGUUUCAUAAUAUAACCAAAGCUUUUCUGUUUUGUGGAAUAGCUGUGGGAAAACCAUUUUUCCAAACAAGCACAAUGUACAUAUUUUUGACUUGUUAAAGUGCUUGAAGUAAAAAUAUUUAUUUAAAAACCAUGAAUAUUGAAUUUCAUCUUAUGCAUAGUGCCAUAUAUUUUUAAUUUUAUGCUUAAAAUCUUUAAUUUUAUAUAAUAUGUCAAACUCUGCAAUAGACUAAUGAGUAUUUACUGUACCUUAUGCUCAUGCCUUUUUUGAUAUAUACUGUGAUAGAAGUUCACAACAAAUAAGUACAAAUGAUAUUUAUAAAGUUCCAUUUUGUAUAAAGCAUUAUUUCAGCAACUUAAAAAUUUGUAAUAUUUGUUUUAUGAUGUCUAAUUAGUAAGUUUUUGUUUUCUUUUAUAUUAGAAAUAAAUUUCUGUGCUCAGUAAAAAAUAGUAGGUAGAGGUACAUUUUUACUGCUGUUUAGACCUACAUCAAUUUAUUACAUAAUAAUUUUGAUAAAUUCAAAAUUUGCAUAAUACAAUCUUUAGCUGCAUAAACUGAUCACUGGUGUAUUCUUUUAUUUUUCAGAUAGGGAAUGUUCAUAAUUAACAUUUUAUUUUACAUUUAUUAACUUAAUGUAUUCAGUUAAAAAUCUGUCUCUGCAUCAUAUUUAAAAUAUUUUUCUGUCUGUCUUUUCUUCAAAUUAUUGUAUAUAUUAUUUUGAGGUUAUUUUUUUCAGCUGUGUUUUAUUCUGUUCAGAUUAUGUGCUUCUAAGAGAAAUUUUAUUAGGUAAAAAGGUUACAUUUUCUUACUUUAAGUCUCCUGUCCUCGGUGGGAAGGUGAAUUAUUUUAGAUAUGUACUUUAUUCAAUGUACAAUGCAAAAGAAAUAGUUUUUUUUUUUUUGUAAAGGAUUACUGUGAAACAAAACUGGUAUUGUUAUGUUAAUAUUUGUUAUUCACCCUCACAUUUAAUAAAAAAGUAUUCUUAUCUCAUUUUCAUAUACUUAAGAUUCAUUUAAACAACUUAUAAUGAAUAUCAAAAGGCUACAGUUUUCUCAUAUAGUUGGAAUUUACUGACAAUGAUUAGAUUAAUUUAUCCAACUAAUCAGUGAGAAAUCAGGAACUCAUAUAUUGUGGGAAAUUUGAAAUUUAAUUAUGUUUUACAAAAUUAUAUGCAUCUGAUGCAUAUUUUUCUUUUUGUAUGUUCCUUUACUUGUGACAAGUUUUUCAAAUGUGGAAAAUGGCUAGAUUCUGACAGAUUUUUCUAUAGGUAAAUCCUCUAUACAUUUUUGUUUGGGCAUGAAAAAUAAUAAAAUUUUAAAGUUAUGCACUUAAAGAGAAAAGGCUGGGAGAAAAAGUUCUUUUCAUGUAGUUCAUAUUGUAGAACUUGAAUAAGUUCCUUCUUGAGUAAUACAGUCAUAUCAUUCUUAAAAUAAAUUUGACUUUUCCAAAAUGUAAAUGUGUGUCAACUCUCCCCCUCUCCCUCCCUCCCAAAAAAACUCCCCCCCCCACUGAUUGCUCAGUUGUCUUUUAAAUCAUUGCACAUAUUGAGUACAGAAAAGAGUAUUUCCUAUGCAAUUUUUCAUGAUUUAUGUCAGUUAUCAAUUUAAGAAAAUUUUACCCCGUGCAUGUACUAAGGGUCCAAUAUGUAGAAAGCCAGACUGUAGAUUUUAAUGAACAUUAAAAAAUAUAAAUGUAGACAGGGCCAUAAUGAAGUAUUGUAGUUGAAAGUACACGAUUAGAUACUAAUAAUAAAAAAAUGCUAAUCAGUUGUCUUAACUGGAAAUUUAUUUAUAACAGUAUAAAAAUGUGGUUCCUCAUGGCAUAUUAAGUAGUUUUUUUAAAAUGCAUAUAUAUCUUAAAUCAAUCAAUAAAGAUAUUUUAUUUCCAGCUGUUGAAAAUUUGUGUUGAAAUUUCCAAACAUUUUCUACACUGAAUCAAAUGAUUUUUUGUUAUAAAUCAAAAUUGGUAAGAAAAUAAUUUUUACAGUUGAAUUUUUAAAAUAGUGCUAUAUUUAUUUUUUUAAUUCUAAAUGUAUAGCACUUUUCCCCUAAAAUGCAUAAUAAAAAUUCACUAUGGGCCUGGGCUGACUGAUGUAUCCUGUAUAACACAUCCUCACAAAGCCUGAACAUCGAACAUUAAGUAUCACUUUUCCUUUUGCUGUUGUGAAACUAUGUAGAUCAAUUCUAUGAUCAUCAUCAGCAGCGAAGAUAGUCUUUAUGGUCUUUUCCAGCUCUUGAAAAAUUAUGCUAUUAUUGAUUAAUUUUGAAACACUUAUUUUGAAUCCUGUUAAAAAAUACAUUGCUGACCUAUUUAAGCCAAACAGUCGCUAUGUCUACUAAUGAAAUAAGAAAAUAUCUGCUUUUUCUUGGAAGGGUUUCCAGUUUUCCAUGAAAACACUAAUGUACUCUGUAUCAACUUUGCCAUUAUGUGAACUAUUUGUUUCUCUUAGUGCUAAAGAUCGGAGACUAUCUUUGCUGUAUUAUUAUGUAAUAGUUCUUAUGUAUGUAGUAUUUAUUUUUAAAGAUUUUAAUAUUCAGACUUUUCUAUUCUUAGAAAAUGUGUAGUCAUAAAUAUUUUAUUUACUUUUAUAAAUUAAGGAAAGUAGUGAAGUUCAUUUUGUAAUGAAACUGUGAUUAGAAAAUUGUCUUCUCAUAAAAUGACGUUUAAUUUAAGAUUCCAUGUGAAAUGCUCUGUUAAAGUCUUGUCCAUAAAAACUUAUAUUUCACUUGUUCAUAUAAUUCUGUUUCAGGUUUUGAAACUUAUUAUCAUAGUCUUUUUAAAUAUUUAAAACAUAUGUGUAUUAGGAAUAUGUUGUAAUAUAAUCGUAGGAAGUAUGUGAGUUUAUUUGUUAUUAGUUGCAGUUAACUCAAAAAGUUGUAAUUACGAUUCAGUUUGCAGUCUGUGAGUCUGUGUUAUUUAAGUUUAUCUUAAUUAUUUUUAUUGAUUGCAGCAUUAGCCCAAUAGCGGUGAUUUCAGUGGAUUUCACUGUUUGAAUUUUUUCUUUAUUAUUUAUUGGAGUAAGUUUUCUAUUGUAUUAGAUUUGUCUUCCACCAUAAAGUUUUGUUAUGUUGCUUAUACUACUGAAAUUUGUGUGAACGCUUAGUAUUCCUCUCAACAAUUAAUUUUCUUUUAUAUAUUAUAUUUAGUCUAUGAUCUGCACUUUAUUGUACUUAAUACUCAAAUGUAUAUUUUGUACAUAUUGUGCUGUUUGUCUACAACUAUACAAAAUGAUUUUGUGAAAAAGUUUUAAAAAGGUUUUCUCCCCCCAUUUUUUUGUUUGUUUGUUUGCCAGCUAAAUAUGUGUCUAUUCAUUUUGUUUUUAUACAAUUUGAAUAAAUAAUCUAUUAUAAUAUAAACUGGACUUAAUCUGAAUUUAUAUAUGAAACAUAUAUUCAUUCAUUAAAUAUGUAUUGUGUAAACAUAAGUGAAAGCACGUGAUAAUAUUUUGCUGUCAUAAAAUAAUACUGAGUUGAUUAUUUGCUGUAUUUUAGUCUCUGUCAUGAUAUGAUGAUUAAUCUGUACUUGUAGUGAAUUCUUGUGAAAUAUUCAGCUGAUUAGCAAUAUCGAUUUGUAUUAUAAUUUGUGAUCUGUUCACAGAGAAGAAUAUCCAUUAUUUCAGGACUGACAUAUUUGGGCUUAAAACUUAAAUCAUUUUUCAAAUUGAAAUUAAAAAGCAAUUGCUUUUAAACCUUUAUAUUUGUGUCUUUUUUAUAGGACCAUGAUUCUCUAUUCUAAUCAUGAGAUGUCUUCAAUAAAUCUUUCAUUACUUUUA